UCUUCACGCGUGCGAUGCACGUGCUUCUUAUCGUUCGCCAAUUGCGUCAGUCGAGCGGUCUUUCGGUUCGCGGAGUGCGGGAGACCGACUCUCUCCGUCUCUUCAAUUCGGCUUCACGAGCUUCCAUUCGAUCGGGUGCGGCGUCGACGGAGGAUCCGAAGCGAUGGCUCUUCUUCUUCCUCUGCGCGGAAGCUGGACCGCCGCAGUUCUGUCCAGGGACGGACCGGUCUCGCCGGCGGACGCCUCGGCUCCCCGUCGCUGCGUCGUGAUGCGAGAGCACCCAACGAUCUAUUCGGAGGAAGGGCUUCUGUAAGAAGCUUUUACAUGGAGAGACAUUCUUUUCCCUCCAGAAGUAGAUUGGACAGGAUGAUGCCUAAGAGGACGAGAUUUACAAGUCCCAGAAGUGGUGGUUCCUCAGACUCUAGCAAUGUUAGUGAGGGUUCCUCUGAUCAGGGCAAGGCUCCUUUUGGAUACUCCAGGAAGGAUGUUCUAUUGAUUGGACUUGGAGUCACCGUUCUUGGCGUUGGCUUAAAAAGUGGAUUGGAGCUUGCUGGAGUUGAUCCUCUACAAGCAGGGAACGUUGUCCAGCUAGUGCUGGUGUUGGGAUUAACUGUUGGAUGGAUAUCUACUUAUAUAUUUAGGGUUUCAAACAAGGAAAUGACAUAUGCUCAGCAACUACGUGACUAUGAAAACAAGGUCAUGGAGAAGCGCAUAGAGAGCUUGACGGAAGCUGAGCUCGAAGCUUUGCUGGAGCAAGUGGAGGAAGAGAAGAGACGCGCGUAGCGAGCGGCGAGCAAGUCGAUUGAAGUGCACACGCCAUCUGUAUAUAAGUAUGGCAUCAAGUCUGCCCCCCCAUGUUAAUGUGUGGUGAAAGUUUCCUAUAGAUUGUUGCUUACACACGAUGAUUUUCCUAGUGCUUUCUUCACGAACAAGCCUACUUUGGGUCGAUAAAUCCAACUUAGUACCAACUUCAAAUCGCCA